AUGUGUAAGAGAUCUGUUUGUGUGAAGUGUAUGGAGUGUAAGGGUAGUGUUGAUGUGGAGCACAGGAUGUGUAAGAGAUCUGUUUGUGUGAAGUGUAUGGAGUGUAAGGGUAGUGUUGAUGUGGAGCUCAAGAUGUGUAAGAGAUCUGUUUGUGUGAAGUGUAUGGAGUGUAAGGGUAGUGUUGAUGUGGAGCACAAGAUGUGUAAGAGAUCUGUUUGUGUGAAGUGUAUGGAGUGUAAGGGUAGUGUUGAUGUGGAGCUCAAGAUGUGUAAGAGAUCUGUUUGUGUGAAGUGUAUGGAGUGUAAGGGUAGUGUUGAUGUGGAGCACAAGAUGUGUAAGAGAUCUGUUUGUGUGAAGUGUAUGGAGUGUACGAGUAGUGUUGAUGUGGAGCUCAAGAUGUGUAAGAGAUCUGUUUGUGUGAAGUGUAUGGAGUGUAAGGGUAGUGUUGAUGUUGAGCACAGGAUGUGUAAGAGAUCUGUUUGUGUGAAGUGUAUGGAGUGUAAGGGUAGUGUUGAUGUGGAGCUCAAGAUGUGUAAGAGAUCUGUUUGUGUGAAGUGUAUGGAGUGUAAGGGUAGUGUUGAUGUGGAGCACAAGAUGUGUAAGAGAUCUGUUUGUGUGAAGUGUAUGGAGUGUAAGGGUAGUGUUGAUGUGGAGCACAAGAUGUGUAAGAGAUCUGUUUGUGUGAAGUGUAUGGAGUGUAAGGGUAGUGUUGAUGUGGAGCUCAAGAUGUGUAAGAGAUCUGUUUGUGUGAAGUGUAUGGAGUGUAAUGGUAGUGUUGAUGUGGAGCUCAAGAUGUGUAAGAGAUCUGUUUGUGUUAAGUGUAUGGAGUGUAAGGGUAGUGUUGAUGUUGAGCACAGGAUGUGUAAGAGAUCUGUUUGA